GAAUGUACUGAGCCUCAGAACAGGUGGCCUACCCUCACUCUCCGCAAGGUGCUACCCUCCCCUGACAACCACACAGAAUGUACUGAGCCUCAACAGGUGGCCUACCCUCACUCUCCGCAAGGUGCUACCCUCCCCUGACAACCACACAGAAUGUACUGAGCCUCAGAACAGGUGGCAGGGAGAGGGGGGGGGUAGAAAAAGAUAGAAAAGCAAAAGGUAGAGAAGCAAAAGUUGUGUGGUGGUCAUGGUAACCAACGACCGACUCAAAAGAUGAGCGGUGGGUUGUGUGGUGGUCAUGGUAACCAGGGACAGACUCAAAAUAUGAGCGGUGGGUUGUGUGCUGGUCAUGGUAACCAGGGACAAACUCAAAAGAUGAGCGGUGGGUUGUGUGGUGGUCAUGGUAACCAGGGACAGACUCAAAAGAUUAGCUGAAGAUGAAUAGAAUUGCAUAACUGUGUGUGUGUGUGUAUGAAUAUUCUGCUCCACUCUUUCUCUCAAGGUCAAGGAGGUCAGUGAGUGAUGUAACAAUAGCUUUGCUAGCAGCAAAUCACGGUCUACAUUUCAGAUGUAGCCUGGUCUAUGGGUUAGUGUUUGUAAAGUCAGAUGCUGUUGGUUCAGUAGUUCAGAUGUAGCCUGGUCUAUGGGUUAGUGUUUGUAAAGUCAGAUGCUGUUGGUUCAGUAGUUCAGAUGUAGCCUGGUCUAUGAGUAGGUGAUUGUUAAGCUUGAUGCUGUUGGUUCAGUAGUUGGCUGUGUGUGUCAUCCCAGGAAACUUGGUUUUCCCCAUGUAAGUGCAAGCCAAAAGAAAUACACUCAGAAAUGGGGAAGCUUGGUUUAUUAUUCAGAAUUUGAACAGGUGCCAUGUUGGCCCCAUAUGCUUGGAAUGAAACAGUUGGUUCUCUCCUGUCCUCUUCCUGUCCUCUCGUCUCCAGAGAAGAAACGUCUGAAAGUGUCAGAGGAUUUCUCCUCCUGUCUGAGUGAAGAGCAGCCUCAGAGCCCCACUCUUAAAGGAGAGGACAUCCAGGCCCUGGCCAUCAGACCUGAGGACCUGGAGAAGUUGCGGGUGCCCCAGCCCCCUAAAGAACCCCAGAAACCUGCAGCUGUGACCCGCGUGCUGGUGCGUAAGACCCGCCCACCUGAUGACAUCAGAAAGGGGUUGAGGGUAGCGGUGGCCCGCCCCCUGGCCCAGGACACCAGCACACAGCCACUGGACUACACAGGACCGGGGGGACCUCGCUUCGAUGCCCAGGGGAUGGUCCUCCCCCACAGCAUUCUGGGUAGUCUGGAGGCCUUCAGGACAGAGAUGCAGGCCAGGGGAGAGACUGAGCUGGUGAGGAGGGUGCCAGCCCCUCAGAGAGCCGUCUCCCAGGUGUCGAGGGGUGCAGAGAGACCCCCUCCAGUCCCCAGGGGUCAGAGAGACGUCCAGAGCCACGCCCUGCAGCACUGGCACACACACAUGACCCAGAGACGACACCAGCAGGACCUUAUCGCCAACCUGCUCCAGAAGCCAGUAGAGAGGCUGUUGAUGAACCAGUCCAACCGUUUCAGAGAGACUCAGGAGCAGAGAGAACUGAUCACCCGAGGCCUGCCAGCCAUACACUCCGGACAGGGUUACCGUGUAGGCAGUGAGUUCUGGAGCCUCCCUCAGAGGUUUGGUGAUGAGCUGAGUGGUAUCUCAGCCACCCUGACUCAGACACAGAGAGGACAGCAGGAACCUGUCACACACAUCGCACAGCCACACAGCAUCCGCAUGGAGUCAGGUAAUGUUCUCCCAGAGACAUGUGGUUCAGCCAGCAGGACCUGGGACCAGAGUCUCUACCUGCAGCACCGACGACAUGAGCUCAGAGAUGUUCUCAAAGACCUGGACUUCAACCAGCCUGAGAUAGAUGGCUUGGAGGUGAUUGGCUCAGGCCAGCCCUUCACCUCUGUCACUGUGAAGCAGAGCCCCCUAUUGGAGGAGGAGGAGAGGGAGGAGCUUAGGGAGGUGGAGCAGAAGGAAAACCAUGACCCCCUGUCGCAGUUUGAUGAUGUCAUGCUGGACGCGGUGCUGGUGCCUGCCCUGAGGUUCUGUGGGCAGCCCGCCCGCUGGACAGGCAACUCCACCUCUCACAAGGGGGAGGUGGGUAUCAGCGCCAGGGUAACGUUUGAGGCCCUGUCAGGAGAGAGAGCCCGUUCAGACAUGGAGGUGCAGAACGAGGGCAGUACAGCAGUCUACUACAGCUGGCAGCGCCUGGCUGUACCACAUAGCUUCCCUGACGCCAGGACACACACACACACACAGCACUUCUACUUCAACACCUCCACAGGUGUGAUUCUACCAGGUGACAGCAAGCGUGUAGAGUUUAUAUUUAAGUCGGAGGUCCCAGGCAUCAGGACAGAGGUGUGGCGUCUCAACACACACCCUGUCCUGCUGGGCGGAGCCUCCAUCCAGGUGACACUGAGGGGCGUGGCUCUUUACCAGGACAAGACCGCUGACCAGAGACACGCCCUGGAGAGGGAGCUGCAGCAGAGAGAGGCUGCGUCAGUGUGUCGGUCGUUGGUGUGUGCCGUGUUACGAGGCGUCCUCACCCCAGAGAGACCCGGCUCCCCUGCGGAGCUCUGCACCACCGAGGAGGAGCACUUCCACAACAGGAGCCCAAAGCUGCAGUACCGUUAUGAGACAGUGGAGGCACUGAAGAGCCUGUGGCAGCAGGUGACCGUAGAAACAGGAGAAGACAGAGAAACAGCCUGGGACCUCUCUGUGUCUACACUACGACAGGCUGUGCUGGCUCUGCCACAGGGGGACGGGGAACAGGAUGGACCCCAGGAGAGGCUCACCAGAGAGGGGGCUCUGAGCCUCUAUAACACCCUCCUCCUGGAGCUCACCCAGCCACUCACACAACACACGCCAAUACCACUCAAGGCUAUAGGGUUGCAGCUGUGGAGAGAGCUGUUGGACGGUCUGGUCAGUGCAGCUCUGUGGCUCAGACAUCUACUGGGUCUCCCUGAGACAGACACAUGGGGGGAACACACACAGGACCACCACCACAGCUGGGGAAAGAUGAAGAAAGAGGAGAAGUUUGAGAAGAAGGCAGGAGCACCCCUGAAGGAGGAGAAGAAGGCAGGAGCACCCCUGAAGGAGGAGAAGAAGGCAGGAGCACCCCUGAAGGAGGAGAAGAAAGGAGCAGCCAAGCCUGCUGUGAAGGAGAAACCAGUGGAGGAGCGUCCGGGCAGUAAGAAGAAGGGUCGCGAGGAGGUGGCGGCAGGGGACAAGCGUCCUGGAGGUAAGCCGGGUAAAGAACCAGGCAGAGAGCCCUCCUCCACCACAACCAGCCCUGAGAGUGACUACCAGGACCACCACACUGACUCUGCUGUAGAGCCUGAACUACAGGACAAAUACAGGAGACAGCUGCACCAACAGGCUAGUACACUAUACUAUACUACCAGGACCACUAAACAGUCUCUACUGUAGAUCUGCUGUACUAUACUAUACUACCAGGACCACUAAACAGUCUCUACUGUAGAUCUGCUGUACUAUACUAUACUACCAGGACCACUAAACAGUCUCUACUGUAGAUCUGCUGUACUAUACUAUACUACCAGGACCACUAAACAGUCUCUACUGUAGAGCCUAAACUACAGGACAAAUACAGGAGACAGCUGCACCAACAGGCUAGUACACUAUACUAUACUACCAGGACCACUAAACAGUCUCUACUGUAGAGCCUAAACUACAGGACAAAUACAGGAGACAGCUGCACCAACAGGCUAGUACACUAUACUAUACUACCAGGACCACUAAACAGUCUCUACUGUAGAUCUGCUGUACUAUACUAUACUACCAGGACCACUAAACAGUCUCUACUGUAGAUCUGUACUAUAGACACUACUAGUGUAAUAUUAGUACUUUUGUAAUAACCAUAAUCCUUUAUCCAACAUCGCUUACUAACAUUGCUGUUAUCUCCCCCCUCUCUGUCGCUCUCUCUCUUUCUCCCUCUUCCUUUCUCUCUCUCUCUCUCUCUCUCUCUUCCUCUCUCUCUUCCUUCCUCUCUCUCUCUCUUCCUUUCUCUCUCUCUUCCUCGCUCUCUUCCUUCCUCUCUCUCUCUCUCUUCCUUCCUUUUGCUCUCUUCCUUUCUCUCUCUUCCUUUCUCUUUCUCUCUCUCUCUCUCCCUUCCUCUCUCUCUUCCUUUCUCUCUCUUCCUUUCUCUCUCUUUCCUUUCUCUCUCUCUUUCUCCCUCUCUCUCUUCCUUCCUCUCUCUCUCCUCCUUUCUCUCUCUCUCUUCCUUUUGCUCUCACUCUUUCUCCCUCUCUUCCUUCCUCUCUCUCUCUCGCUUCCUUUCUCUCUUCCUUUCUCACUCUUCCUUUCUCUCUUCCACUCUCUCUCUCUUCCUUCCUCUCUCUUUCUCCCUCUCUUCCUUUCUGUUUGUCACUCUCUCUUUCUCCCUCUCUUCCUUCCUCUCUCGCUCUUCCUUUGUCUCUCUCUCUUCCUUCCUCUUUCUCUCUCUAUCACUCUCUCCCUUUCUCCCUCUCUUCCUCUCUCUUCCUUUCUCUCUCUCUCUCUCUGU